CCUUAACAAAGUCCGCUGCCUUUCCUGACCCGGGCCAGAACGUAGACACGUAGAAUUAAAGAGAGGCAAUUAAAAAUACAAAUUGUCAUGACUUCCUUUAUGAAAGAAGUACUCAGCACAGAAAAGGCACCACAAGCCCUCGGCCCCUACAGUCAAGGUUUGCUGAUCAACCAGACACUGUAUGUCUCUGGACAGGUUGGUAGAGAUCCCACAAGUGGAAAACUUGUGUCAGGAGGGCUGGCAGAAGAAUUUAAACAGGCUCUUGUAAAUGUGGGAGAAAUUCUCAAGGCUGGAGGCUGUGACUUCAGUAAUGUGGUAAAGAGUACUGUUCUAAUGGCUGACAUAAAUGACUUCAAUCUUUUUAAUGAUGUCUACAAGCAAUUUUUCAAAGGUAGUUUUCCAGCCAGAUCUACCUACCAAGUUGCUGCUUUGCCUCUUGGAGCUCAUAUGGAAAUUGAAGUGAUAGCUGUGCAGGGACCACUCACUUGUGUCUGAUUAUGAAAAGAAGUCUCAUCUGUGCUGACAAUGUCAUUUGGGCUAGGGCCAACAUGGUUCUUCAUCUUCUUUUAAUUUUAGCAGUUUUUGUUGAAAAUUCUCAGCUUUAACAAAAUGGCAUUUCAAUGACUAACUUUAGAAGUUGUCCCAAGUUAGGGGUAAAAACAGAAUGAAAGUUAUCACAACUUUAAAUUGGAAAACAGAGAGCCAAACAGAAAUAAGAAAUCAGCCAGACAGGGAGGAGAUGGGGGUGGGGGAGGAGGGGAGGCUGGAACAGUAUUUAAAUAGCUUCACUCACAUACCCUUCCACCUAUCCUGAAGGAUAAAGAGUUGUCAUAGUACCACUCAUACAAGGUUUCUUAGCUUUUUUGGGGUCAUGGACCCUUUGGCACUCUGGUGAUGCCCAUGGACCCCUUCUUUGAGUAAUGAGCAUUGCUUACAUUAAUAAUAAGGAAAUACUAAAUUAGACUUAGAGAUUAGUGAAAAUAGAGAUAUAAUUUCUUUCCCUACUCCUUUGCACAGACUUCCUGAAACCUGUCCAGGAAGCCCUUAGGAGUCCAUGGACCCCUGUUUAAGAACCACUGCACUAGGAGAACUAUGGGAUAGUGGAAGGAGCCCAGAUUUGAACUGUGUUUGAAGACCAGUUCUGCCAUUUACUGUCCAUGGGACCUUGGACAAAUAAUAGUUUCCUCAUCUCGAACUUACUGGCUCAGUUUCCUCUUCUGUAAAAGGGAUUUAGAUUAUAUGGCCUUUGAGAUCCCUUUAAAUUCUAAAUCAAUGAGCUGUAAAAUGGGGAUAAUUCCUAUCAUUCUUCUAUCAUAGUGUAGUCAUGGGGAUCAAGUCAUAUCACAUUUAAAUUGCCUUGUGAACUAUGACGCUCCUUGAGUCAGCUGUUAGCAUUAGAAGCCAGGAAGGAAGUCAGUGCUUUCCUCUGGACAAAAAUAUAGAAUGGUGGCCAAAGUGGAACUCCCAGAGAGGUAUACCAAAAGUAGGAGAUACUGUCCAAAUAUCCACUAACCAGUGCUCCCUGUAUUCUGAGAGACUUUAUUCUUUUUCAGCCUUGUUCAUCAGAGAAUUUAUCUAAUGAUAUUUACAUUAUGAAGUCUGGGUGUUUAGGGAUCAAAAUGUGAAUUUCAUCAUAUUAUAUGUCAUUUAUAUCUUAUCUUAUCACUUAUAAUCACAUCACUUAUGGUACCUACCUCUAGUUUAAUACAAUGCUAAAUAAAAAGCAAAGAAAAGUA